UGGCGCGGGCUGUGGUUCAACUUUGCCUUUAGCAGAUGUUUUGUCUGUCACAUCAAUCUGUCAGCUUCCAUCUCCUCCUCAGUUCAGAAGGUUUUGAGGAACAUGGCGUAUUGGCGGUGUGUGAUUUGCUUUGUUUUUUUUGCGUUAACAUUGAAGUCUCUGCUGAGCCAUAUUAACAAGGCACAUGGCCGCAGUCCAGAUUUCCGUGUUGUAUGUGGAAUUAAUGGAUGUACCGAAGAAUACAGAGUUUUCAACUCGUUCUACUACCACAUCAGACGUAGACAUGCUCUGUAUUUUGAAAAUGGAAGCCCGCCUUCUGGGUUGAUGACAACUGCACCCGAACCAUCUAGAGUUGGACUUGAAGAUUUUGAUAUGCCCAUUUUUUCUGGUUGUGCCACCGCGACACGAGGGAUGCAAAGGACCAACAGUCAAGUCAGCACAUGUGUCCCUUCACAGCAGGAGCAACAGCUUGAGGAAUUCCCGAUUCAACCUCCUGAUCAGGUAAGAUGCAGUGUUGGGUAAGCUACUUUGAAAAUGUAGUGAGCUAAGCUACCAGUUACUCCAGCUACCAGUGUAGCUUCACUACACAGAAGCUACCAACCAGUCAAAUGUAGCAAGCUAAGUUACACAAACACCGCAAAAGUAGUUCACUACAUGUGAAGCUACUUUAAUGGUGCCUUCACGUGCUAUGGGAAGGAUGAUCCUUUUCAUUUGUGAAUUGGUAAUUACGAGUGCGUUGUGUUCACGUGCUUUUGUUGUCGUAGUGAAAUAACCCUAAUUUGUGUAUGUCAUAAAGGGGGGUCUUAUAUGGGUUUCUUUAUUUUUACUCUGGAAAUCUUUUAAUCUGGACUUUGCUAUAUAAAUACUAAUUAUUAGUAUUAUUACUACACUAGUUGGCUACUUAUCUCUACUUUAUGCUGUCCAAUGAAAACUUAAGCAGUAAAACAAUGAUUGAUUGAUGAUUUGAUCUUCCUCUUGCCUCUCAAAAAUAGAGGAGGAGCAACCUCCUCUGCCUCUAUGGACCAGCCGCCACUGGUUGAAAUAGCAAUUUUCACUAGCCAGAACACAGGACCUUCUUCCUGUAAUUAUUUUCACAGACACUAUUUAAAGAAGACAUAUUGGACAGGGGCUGCUGGUUUAAAAGCCAUAUCUUACAUGAUAACAUUACUCAAACAUACAACACUUGAGUUAACUAGUCUUUCUUCUAAUUGUGUAAUAUUACUAUGAAUCUGUCUCCAGGAAGAAGCUGAUACAUCUGGCGGAAAUCUUUCCAGACGUGCAGUUGCAUUUGCCAUCAAUGUCCGUGAAAAAUGCCACCUGUCCCAGGAGUAUCAACGAUAUUGUCUCUGGGGUCCAACAGUAUCAAGCGGCUCUUCUGGAUACCUUGAGAGACAAAAUGAAGAGGGUCUUCGAGAGUCAUUCAGGGAGUACGGCGCAGCUCCAAGAGGAAGCAUUGGCAACAUUUGAUAAUUUUCAGGAUCCUUUCACCCUAAUGGCCACCACAUACAUGCAGGAUAGCACCAUUCAGAAUCUUUUUAACCCAGUGAAACCAGAGGAAAUACUUGUGUCUCAAAUAGUUUGUAGAGUUAAAAAGGGAGACUCAAGAGUUCUUGUAAUCAAAAACAAAAGUUUUUACUAUAUACCCCUAAUUAAUAGUCUACAACAGUUGUUGUCCAACUCCAGAAUCUUUGAUAUGAUCAACACUGCACCACAAAGCUGCAACAAAGAUGGGUUUUUGUAUGACAUUGUUGAUGGGAGUCUUUUUAAAUCUCACCCUCUGUUUUCAAUAAAACCUACUGCUUUGCAGCUGAUCUUGUACACUGAUGAAAUAGAGAUAUGCAACCCCUUGGGGUCACAUGCUUCUGUAAACAAAUUACUGAUGGUUUAUUAUACUCUAGGAAACAUAGACCCCAAGUUUAGAUCGAAGCUUGCAGCAAUUAGACUCCUUGCUAUAGCAAAAGCUAAUGAUAUUGACCAGUGUGGUGUUGAUGUUGUAUUAGAACGAAUUGAUAAAGACUUAAAAUUGCUGUACAAUGGUGUCAAAAUACAAACACAGAAUGGUGAAAUGGAUUUAUUUGGUGCUUUAAUUUCACUAUGUGGUGACACACUUGCGCAACAUGAGCUCGCUGGCUUUAAGGAAGGAGUUGGUUUUGCAUAUAGCAAGUGCAGGCACUGUGAAUGUACCUUUGAGGACAUGCAAAUCAAUUUUGAUGAACAAUGUUUCACUAAAAGGACAGUGGAAAAGCACAUUAGACAGUGCAUUGAAAUAGAAAGGGCCAGCACAGAGUUCUUGAAAUCUGCCCUUAAAACCACCUACGGAAUAAACAGAAAAAGCAAGCUGGUUGAAUUUCCAGCCAUUGACCUCAUUCAGCAAACUCCACAGGACAUAAUGCACAUCAUUCUUGAGGGUAUUGCACCCAUGGAAAUUAAGUGUGUGUUAAAAUACCUUAUUCUGUCAGGACAAAUGGAGUUGGACAUUUUCAAUUCAGCCAUGCAGAGUUUUCCUUUUUCAUCUAUUGAUGUACGAGACAAGCCCUGUCCUGUCAGUGUCAAUACCUUGUCAUCUAAUGAUAACAAACUUAAACAGUCUUCUGGGCAAAUGCUGAUAUUGUUAAAGAUCAUGCCUUUUCUGUUGAACAAUAUGAAGGGAAAUAUUUACGUUAAGUUUAUUUUGGAAUUAAUUGAGAUAGUUCAAAUAGUUUUUGCGCCUGUCAUAUCUCUGCAAACUGUAUUAAGACUUAAACAAAUGAUUGAGCAGCAUCUAAAACAGUUUAAGCAACUUUUUCCUGACAAAAAUGUAACGCCUAAGCAACAUUACAUGUUGCAUCUCCCUACCCAAAUUCUUUCUCUGGGUCCUUUGACAAGGCAUAUGUGCAUGAGAUUUGAGUCAAAGCACUGUUUUUUUAAACAGUGGUCAUCUAAAUUGAACUUCAAAAAUGUAUGUAAAUCGUUGGUGAACCAUAACCAGCUUCUCGAAUGCUGUCAAAAUGAAAUGGGCAUUGAGCAUCCAAUAUUUUUACAUGAGAAAGAAUUGGGCCCCGUCUCAGAAGUGACAAAUAAAGAGUACAUCACAGCAAAGAUUAGAGAUUUCUUGGGGAUUGAUGGCAUACAACAUGCAAUCUCAGUCAAGUGGCUUAUUCUUAAUGGUAACAAGUACAUCAGCGGAAAGUCUCUGAUAAUAACUAAUGCAAAUGAUACAGUACCUAUCUUUGGACUUAUAAAAAACAUUUAUGUCAUAGAUUCUUCAUUGUAUUGCUUUGAACAUCAGCUUUAUGAAACUGUCUGUUUUAACAAAGAUUUAUUAGCAUAUGAAGUCACUAUACCCAAUCUUGCCCAAGCAACAGAGUUGAUAGAUGCAGAAAAGCUUGUUGACUAUACAUCCUAUUAUUCGAUGAGUUUUGAAAACAGUGUGUAUAUUUUGAUCAAAUAUAACCUUAGGGAUGUCAUUGCACUUAAAACCUAAAUAUGAUGAUCAUUGAAUGAGCAUUGGAAGGUUAUACCUGUGUAUGCAACAUGAUAAUUUGAGUGAAAUCUAGUUUAUUGAGAUAACACAGGAAAAUGUGUAGGAAGUGUUUGUUUUUUUUAAAUGUCUUUUUUACUAUUUUAUUAUUGUUAUCUGUCAUAGAGUACGGUUACCCUUUUUUUGUCUAAUUUUGUCUAAUUCUGCCAAAUACGGAUUUAUUUGUGUUGUUGUAUUGACUGUUUAUUUACAAACAUGUGUUGGGAGAAAAAACAUUAUAAAGUAAUGCACUGCUGUAACGUUAUUUUUCCUGCAAAAUAGUAUAGUCAGGGAAUUUUGCUUUUGGAAAGUAUGAUUAUUAUUAUUUCUACUUUUGUUCUCCUUGAAAUGAAAGUUCAUUGAAUGAGCAUUGUAAGGAUGUGUAUAUGAAGAGCUGAUACAGUUGAUAGGGGUUACAGUUAGAUUAUCUCAAUGUGAUUGACAAUGCAAU